UUGACCAAAACAUGGCCGUAAUGGUAGGAGAUAUUGGCGAUCCUGAAAUAAACACUGACGUGAGUUUUAUGGGAAUUUGAGAAGACCCGUUCCCCAACUCUGAACGGUCUCUCUUGAGGAAUUUAAGCCUUUUAUACGUUUUAUCCCCCAAGCUAAAUUGUUCGCCACCAAUUAACUAAUUGCGUUGAAAUUGGUUAUGGUUCAAUAAGUCGAUGAACCCUUGUAAGUUUUACGUUCGUCUACUAUUGUUUAUUCCCACCUACGCUUCGAACGUUAACGAUGCUAGACAUUAGUAUCCUCGCAGAUUGAAUGGAUCUCGGCCAAUGAUGGACCACACUGAGCUUACACAAUUUGCUCUCAAACAACUUUUCUACCAGGUGAAACAAGGUUUCCCCGAAGUACCUGACGCAGUUGUCAAUGACUGCAUCAGAAAGGCUGGUUACAACAGACGAGCUGCAGAGGCCCUGCUGCAGAAAGAAGCCCCCAAGUAUGGACGGUUUCCCCUCGUCAAGAAAAUGCCUCAGGGUCCCCCCAAAAGCCUGUCGGCAGGGAAUUCACCACUUGAUGGUGGACACAAACCCCUCGUUGACUGCCUGACACCAACCAAAGUUCCUCCGCCACUGCCAGUCACUCCCCCAGUGGGUGCAGCUGCCUCUACCGGUCCUAGUCCACCGAUCUACACGUCCCCACUCUACCGACCCGAUAUCGACUUGUCUCUGCCGCCUCCAGACCUCACUGGCGGACGAGGGGCCUCGUCCCAAGUCCAGGUCUUUUGCGAUCAGCCGAGAUCGUCCACGUCAGUCAACGUUAUCCUGCAACCUGACACUGUUCCUUACGUCACCUACUCGUCGGCCUCGACGGACCACCACCGAGGGUUGCACUCUCAACUGAAAAUCACAAUCAGUCCUCAAGGAGGAACAGUUUCGGCCGUCCAGCGGUCAAACAUACUCUCCCCAUGGCACUACGGUGUGGGACCGACCCCGAAUUCCGGCAGCAUAAACUGUCUGCAGAGCCAACAGCAGCCUUCGAUGUCUUCGGUUAGUCUACCGGACCAGGCGGAGCACAUCAGGGAGCAAUGCGAACGGCGGGAGUCUUUGCGUCGAUCCCUGGCCGAGGAUCGCCAACGGCUGACCUCGCUGAGCCAGAAAGUCGAACGCCUUCAAGAAGAAUUGACCAAAGAGAAACAGCUCCUGGACACCAAUAAUCUACCCCGAAGAGAACCGAUCCAGCAACCGCAGCAGCUACCACCUGCUGUCCGGUUCCCUCAUUUCCCGCAUCCAAUCCAGCGCCAACAAGCCGUUGUUGAUUUGGAACAUCUCAAAGGCGAAGUCCGCAAUUUGGAACAGGAGUGCCAGCGGAUGUGCCAAGAGCUGUUCACUCGACAGAGCGACAACAACAUCCGGAAUCCGCCUUCGACUCCGUCGACUCCUCACUCGGCCGGCACUCCAACUUUCCACAACGGGACUCCGCCUCCUCUGGUUGCCACCGUGACGGAGGAGGACGACGAGUCGGACGGCUGGAACUGCAGCCGUUGCACCUUCCAGAACCACCCGGCGCUGAGCAAGUGCGAGGAGUGCGAUUCGCCUCGGCCGCCACCCGGCCAGCCGGGCCACUCGUCUUCUCCUUCGUCGUCGUCGCCCAUCGUGACCUCUUCGACCCAACAAGCUGGAGCUGGCCAGGUUGUUGUUGUUGUGCUUUUAUUGGCUUUGUCUGACCUUUUGCUUAUUCUACCAAUUUCUUGUCCUCUUUUUCCGGGUGUGGUGGUUGUGGCUUUCUCUAUUCCCAGCAGGGGUGAUGGCCGUCCGCAGCUUUAUACCGUACAGUCGCAGGCCGGGAAACAUUCACAUCCACGUCCGUCACCGUCCGCGAACGAUCCAAGGGUGGGGUGUCUAAAACAAAACAAACAAAACACAAACAACGAAAAUGUCAACUUUGGAUUUUUUCUCAUAUCCGCCUGUUUUCGCUUCUUUCAUGGAUUUUAUUUUUAUUUUCUUUUUAAUUUUUUUUUUUCUGGAAAAAUUCCAUCAGCCGCCAUGUCGUCGGACGGUCUGGCCGCCCAAUCACCAGUGAAAUAAUGCCCGAAAGGAAACGGUGAUUUAAAAAAAAAACAUGGGUGUGUGUUUUUUCUUUUUUUUUUUUUUAAAUAAUUUCGUUUUCAAUCUCCUUCUUGUCUCCUAGAAAAGCAGCUCGUUCGAAUAUCAUUUCUAUUCAAUGAAUGAACAUUAUAUAUAUAGCAAAAUAAUUAUUUUCAUUCAUUUUUCACAGUCCUCUUGCGUCUGUCGCUCCCUAUAGCCCGAAUUUCGCCGUGUGUACAUAAAUUAUAAUGAUAUACUUAUUAUUGGUUCAUUUUUCAUAUACAAUCAUCAUCCGUCGAA